AUGGGGGCAGCCAGCAGCAGCUUUAGUGAACUGCCAACAAAUGAUUACUUGAAGAAGCUGGCUGGAACUGAACCUUUGUCAUCAAUUGAUCCAUUUUGGAACCAGCUUUUAUCGUUUUCUUUCCUUUCACCAAUCUCAAGAUUUAUUCCUGACACUGACCCACAGAUUGCUGAUGCAAGACUUUUGGAAGAAUCCACGUCAUCAAUUUGUAAGAAUCUUGCCCUUAAUAACUGCCGCACAGGGAACUUUGGUGCAUUAGUUCGUAACUUUCUUGUACGUGCCACAGAACUAAAAGCUUCAACACAAUGUGAUGACAAUAUCUUCACUUGGCAAACUUACAAUGCCCUUUUCAUCAUCCGUAGUUUGUGCAAGUAUUUUGUUGAGAAUCUCAGUGAAGAACUUAUUUUACAACAGUUUGAUGCCACAAAUGAACCAGAAGGAGAAACAGAAGGUUCUGGUUCUUUGACAGAAGAACUCAUGAACUCCCUUGCAGAAUUGUUGGUAGAUGUACCUGUUGUGAGUUUUACAUAUGCAUUGCAUUUAGAAGCCUUGAAUACGUUGUUGGUGCUGUUGUCCAUCCAAAUGUAUCAGCCUCAAGCAGCAAGCAAUUUCUUCCAUUACAGAUGCAUUAUGCAAGGGAAAUGUUCUAUCCAUGCAUGCUUGUUAAUGAAAGCAUUGCUACGUAACUACAUCAACCAAGAGAAAUGUCCUGCAGAGUUAUUCAAGGCCAGCAAUAACAGUUCUGGCAUGCUUUACAACAUUACAUCUUCUGUUGCCUCUGGCAUAUGGAAUGUGGUGACUCUUGGAAUGGGUGGUGGUGCCAAGAAGAAGGAAGAAGAAUGUUUCAAUGAGGCUUUGCUGUCAAACCAAAGUAUAUUGUUCAUCCUGGUUUUGGCCAACCACUGCACUGGAGAACGCAGCCUGAACAAUCCUUAUAGACAAGCUCUCUAUUCAUUCACUAAUUCACAAGAUGAAUCUAGCAACUCAAAUCCCACACAAGCCAUAGCGACCUUCAAACUUGAUUUCUCCAAACUAUAUGACACCCUGUGUAUAACACUGAAGGAUGACCAAACUACAUUAUUAUUAUAUCUACUUUUACAUAGAAAUGCCUAUAUGAAGGCUUUUAUUCUGUCCAGAACAAAUAUAGACUCUUUAGUGAUGCCAAUUCUGCAGAUUUUGUACCAUGCCCAAGACAGGAAUUCACAUCAUAUAUAUAUGGCACUCAUUAUCCUCCUCAUUCUUAGUGAAGAUGAUCUGUUCAAUAAAGCAAUCCAUGAUAUUGUUAUAAAAACGGUUGCUUGGUUCAAAGAAAGGACGAUCAAUGAAAUUACAUUAGGAGGGUUAUUAAUCCUUGUGGUGAUCAGAACAAUCCAGUACAACAUGACCCGGAUGAGGGAUAAAUAUUUGCACACCAACUGCCUGGCAGCUUUGGCUAAUAUGUCAUCACAUUUUAAUAAUCUGCAUCCUUAUGUAGCACAGAGAAUUGUCAGUCUUUUUGCUCAAUUGUGUAAGAAGCACACACGCUUGAUUGAACAGAUUCGUGUAGCUGCCAUCGAUGGACCUCAAGAAACGUUGCAAGAGAAUGGAAUCAAAGCUUUGGAAUCUGAUAUUGACCAAGAUUAUGUGCAAGACUUAGCUGUACUUGAAGAAGUGAUCCGUAUGGUCCUUGAGAUAAUUAAUUCUUGUCUGUGCAGCAAUAUAUUACACAAUCCUAACCUUGUCUAUUCACUGCUUUAUCAGAAGGAAUUAUUCACAAUGUUCCGAACACAUCCAACAUUUCAGGAUAUUAUACAGAACAUUGACACGGUUUUGUCAUACUUUUCUUCUAGACUUGAACUAAAUGGACAAAAUCUUUCUCCGUCCGAGGUGUUGACGACUAUCAAGGAAGGAGCUGUACAAUUUAGGAAAGAUAGAUUAAAGAAAUUUCCAGAGCUCCGUUUCAAAUAUGUUGAAGAGGAGUCACCAGAGGAAUUCUUUAUUCCCUACAUUUGGUCCCUUGUAUUCCACUCCUCGCACAUGUACUUCAAUCCAGCACGAAUCAUGCUCUUCUCUUUGGCUGUCUCCUGA